CCAUAAAAUUCAACAAUUUUUAUUGUUGAUAGAAAAUUGAAAUUAAAAAAAAGAAAAAUAUGGAAAAAAAUUUUGACGUUUUAUUCAAUCGUGAACAAUACGAAUUAAAUGUUUGCGAACAAAACAUUGCUCUAUUUACCAAAUACAUCGAUGAUUAUGAACAUUUGAAGACAAGGCUAUCAACAUUGGCCGAUAAAACUCGUCAUGAUAUUAUGAUACCGAUCGGAGGUACUAAAUUGGCCUAUAUGCCUGGUUACAUUCAUCAUACGAAUGAAAUAUUAGUUCUUCUUGGUGAUAAUUAUUUUGUAGAAAAAUCAACAAAAGAAGCAACCGAAUUUGUUGAAAGAAGAUUAAAAUUCUGUCGGGAAAAACUUACUGAUCUUGAACGUCAAAAAUUCAUGAUUAAUGAAUGGCAAAAAACAGCUGCCAAUCUUCAAGAAGAAAAUGAUCAAUUUGUCAAUAUAACCGAAACGUGUACAGAAGAAGAAUAUCAACAAUGGAUACGUGAACGAAAUGAAAAAAUUCAAGAGAAAAACAAGAAUAAAUCGAAUAGAAAAGAUGCAAUGUCUAAAGAAGAGCUGAAUAAAAUUUUUGCUAAAUAUGAAAACGAACCGAUUGAUGAUGAUAAAGAUCAGCCAUUUAAAUCACAAAUAAUUGAAAGACUUGUUCCUGAAUCUCAACCGCUAGAUAAACAGGACACCAAAUCGAUUUCAACAUCGCAGCGUCCAAAAUCUAAAUUCAAAGCCAGCCGAAGUAAAAAUCAAUGAUUUAUUUUGUUUUUUUAAAUAAUCAAUUUAUUGUUAAUUUGACUAUCAUGAUUUAAA